CCCGCACCUAGUAACUAUAACUGACCUCGAUGUAUAGAACCAUCAAAAUACCUACCAUACCAAGGAGAUCGAAGCUUUCAAGGCCAAGCUAGCCAACAUGGUGAACCAGGAUAUGGUGUCCGAAGAAGAGAAGGAGAUGGCGCGGUACGUCAUCGAGGUACACAACCUAGCAAACAAGGGGAUCAAGGGACGCGGCAAGGGCUGCAAAGUCAAGCGAGUUACACUCCUGCACCCGCCGCAACAGCACUCAUUGCCGGCAUCGAGCCCAAUCAGCAUCACGACAGCUAGCAACACCAGCACCAUCCACUCAGCGGCCCCCUAUCCCAUGUCGCCCCUGCCCCACGGCCUUCCAAACAUGCACACCCCGCCGCAACACCUGCCGAUGGCUAUGGAACACGACCACCAGGCUAUCUACGGCCUCAACAACCUAGCCACCUACAGCAUAGCGGGGCCGCCACCCCACACGGUGUUUGGUGGGCCGGUUGCCAUCAGCACGCACGGUGUCCUUUAUGCCCCCUAUAGCAUUCUGGACUCGGAACAGCUCAGAUAUGCUAGCAGCGUCGAUGGCUCUACGCUGGUAAUGGACCUGCCCUUUGGUGACAGGAUGCACUGAGCAGUGAGUAAUGUAUAGUCUUUAAAAAGGGUCUUGGGAAGGCUGUCUGAACGUGAUUUUGCGCUUCCUGCUUCAAUAUUUUUUUAAUGCUUCUCUAUUUCCUAUUCGACUUCCAAACAGUCACUUGUUCUUUUUCUUUUAGUCAAGCGUGGAGGCUAAAAUGUGUU